GUUAUCGUUACCGACGAGGCGUGACACCAGAUAAAACUUAUCAAAUCACGUCGUGAAAUCAUCAGUGUGUGUACACCAGCCUGACGGAUUGUCAAAUCGUACUCGUGUCAUAUUCACAUAUCCAGUAACCUCCAGUAACACUCAAUCUACAAAAUUCCCAACAAUGGAGACAUACGAGAGUGUUUUGCUCGUGAAGUCUGAAGUAUUCGUCUUUAAAAUACCCCCGAGGCCCUCGAACAGAGGACACAGAGCUGCAGAUUGGAACCUCCAUGAGCCCUCGUGGACAGGAAGGAUGCGGCUGGUAUCUCAGGGUGACUCAAUAACACUCAAAUUGGAGGACAAAAUAUCAGGAGAACUCUUUGCAAAAUGUCCCAUAGACACAUACCCAGGAAUAGCUGUAGAACCAGUGACCGAUUCGUCUCGUUACUUCGUCCUGAGGAUUCAGGAUGACAAUGGCAGAUCAGCGUUCAUAGGGGUGGGCUUUCUGGACAGAUCCGACAGUUUUGAUCUUAAUGUGGCGCUCCAGGACCACUUCAAGUGGCUGAAGAAUCGCGACCAAAUUGAGAAGGAGAAGGAACAGCCCAAGCAGGAAUUGGAUCUGCGAUUCAAGGAGGGUGAGACCAUAAAAAUCAACAUGAAGAUCACGAAGAAGGACGGAAGCGAGGUGUCCUCUAAGAACAAACAGCGUCCCCAGGGGGGAUUGGGCCUGCCACCUCCACCUGGAGGGGUCAAGAUCGCCCCUCCACCACCCAAGACUCCAACGUCAUCACCUGCUCACAAACCAGCGCAGAAUCAGGGUGGCUCCGAGUGGGGGGAAUUCGCCAGUGCAUCUCAGGGACAACAGCCAGCAACUUCCCCUGGAUCGACCAAUGCCAGUUGGGUACAGUUUUAAUUAGCCGAUGAUCUCUGCACGUUCUUAUUCAAUUCGAUUGUCAAAUCAUGUUGUGAAACACGUUUACUUCGCACACAGAAUCUAGGAUUUGUUGAUUAUCUGAUUUAUCGAGAGGGGAUUGGAAUUUUGAGUUGAAGUGGUGAAACGUAACAGAACAGAACAGAAUGUUAAAUAUGAUUUUAUCUCGAUACCAAAUGGUUUUAGGAGAAAAUUGCAUAGAGAAGUUUUUGUUGCAAAUUUUUGCAGCUGCAAUAGAGGUUUUGGGACAUUUUUUCGUUGAGCACUUCGUUUUCGAGAUGCAGAGCAAUUACAGUAGAAGGAAAUUUGAGUUGAUGUUUUGUCACUUCACAAUUGGAGGGAUAAAAUGGAAUUGGGUACAGAAUGGAAUUGCAUCCUCGAAUUGUAUAUUGAGAAUGUUUUCCACGUGUACGGAGGAUGGAUUAAAAUUCUGUUGACAGUAUUAGUUCUAUGAAAGCACGAGUAUUCACAGAACUCAUCAUAUUUACCAUAAAAACCCGUAUUAGCUUCCUUCCGUCGUUAAUACCGUGCGAGUAUCAAUUUCAGAGAAAAGGUCAUGUGGUAUACAUGCCAGUUAUGAUAAAUUGCGAAAUGUUUGAAAGAAGGAGUUGAAUGCCUGCUGUACCCAUUCUGUUCUGUUAUGUUUACAAACAAUGACAUGCAUGUAGACUUUAUUUUCGUUGCAGCAAAGAAUCUUCACAUGCAUUUAGGGGCGAGUGGGGCAAAAUGGACACUUGGGACUAUUUUUCAAUUGUUGAUUGAAUUUUCGAUGAAAUUGGACUAUUUUUCGCUGUUGAUCAAUUGACUGUUGAACAUUUAUUGUUUUAUUUAAAACACACAUUGUUUCACUGAAUUCGUAGAGAAUUUCAUUGUUGAAAAUUGAAAAUUUGAUGGAAAAACGAAUGGGAAAUGUAAACUUGAGUUGAUUAUUCCAUGAAAAUUAAUAGAAAUCAGAGAAAUUCAGGUGAAUGUAUUGAAAAUUCAAGUAAUGUAGGAAGUUCUUGCCUUGCGCCUGCUUAAAAAUGAGGAAUUUCACUGAAUUCUCAAUAAAAUCUGAAAUUUCACGAUUUUUUCCCCUAAAUGGAAUUCAGUCCAUGAAAUUUCUAUUUUUUUUAGCAGUGCAAUUAACAGAACAAUUGCGUUUUGCAUCAACAAAUAAUGCCAACUGUUUAGACUUCCCAAGACCUCAUUUAAUGACUGAACUCAAUUGACGAAUUAGUUUCUGAAUUGCGAACAUUGAGACGAAAGUAAAGUCUCCAUUUUGCCCCAGCCUCCGCUCCCUUGAUAAAAAUCCCCCAGAGCCUCGAAAGAUCGUUUGACCACGCGAAUAUAGGGCCUCCUUGCCACUGGCAUUUGUACAUAAAUGAUUGAUUAGACGAUCGACGUCUUGCUUUAAAUUAUUAAAGCCUAACAAUAACGAAUUAACAAAUCGAUGACUAUUCACAACUUAAUGUCUAGCGCCUGUUGCUUCCCCCCCUUUAAUCUCGCUUCACAGAGUCAAUGAUAUUUUUUGAAUGAUUACAAAGUGGUAUAUAUAUUCAUUCUUCGGUGAGCAUGCUUGUUAUUGAUCUGCGUUAAAUGCAAAUCAACCAUUUUACUUUGUAAAUAAUGUUGCCCUUUCCUUUCGACUCAAUGUUAUCUUAAUGAUGUUUGGAUGGUAGAAAUAUUGAGGAGAUAUUUCCGAGUAUGUGGAUGAAUAUGGAGGUAUCUGAUUAUCGUGAUCAUGCCUGGUUACACCGGAUGCAGAUGAAUUAAUUAUGAAAUUUAAAAGUUCAGUUCGUGGAGUACUAAAAUCCAUCGUUGAGACUGAUGGAUAGUCCCGUUGUUCCCCCGGAUUCAAUGCAAUCCUCCCAAUUAUCCAAAUGAUUGACACAAGAAUCAAUAAUGAAGAAAAAUGAUAUUGUUAUACAAUAGAAUCACGAGAUCUAAUUAGCAGUAGUUGUAAGGGAAAUGAUCGCUUGUCGAUCGACGACGAAUAUUGUGGACAAAAAAAAUCAUAUAUCAUUCCCAUGUAUAUUUUUCUGGAAAUAAAAUGAAACAAUCUGAAUAGUCAUAUUUUUUUAAGUUCCAUGGGUAGAAUUGUGUUGAAGAGUUCGUGAAAUCAGCUUCGAAAUUAGGCUGACUAUUGUAGAGAUAAAAUAUUGAAUAAAAAGUACAUGAGAAAUAUCGUUACGUGUACCUGUUGUAUUGGCCGAGCCAAAUCAUAUGUAAAUAGUUAAUAAAACUCACUGUAAGAUCGUUCAGCUGAGUAAACUCAAAUUAAAGUACACAAGUUAAAAGGGGGAAAAUGAGGCGGAAUGAUUUUUUUUACUUUUUAGGUUUUUUUUCGUAGUAAAAGAAUUAUUCAACACUGAAAAAGUCGGAUAUACUCAUUCUGCCUCAAUUUUUCCCUCUCAACCCCAAAAUAAUACCAAAAAGAAGGAAAGAAAAUUAUAAAAACGACAGAUUGUUAUCACAUUCUAUUGUACUGUAUUCUUCUUCUGAUCGUCAAUAUAAUAAUCAAUAAAUGGCAUGAAUUAGCA